AUGUCCCAAUCAACACCCCCGUCAUGGCACGACGUUGCUGCCAGAAGACAGAAAGAGAUCUUCGAUGCAAUUCCCUCAGCAUGGCUAGUUGACAAGGAUCUUCUCCGUGGCCACAAUUUCAUGGAUCUGCCUCAGAGAUGUCCUAACAUCAUGUCCAAAGAGGAGCUCUUCAUCACUGAGCAACGAGCGGUGGAUAUCCUAGCCCACAUCCGCACCAGGACGUGGACAUCUUACCAAGUGACCUUGGCAUUCUGCAAGCGAGCUGCUCUGGCUCAUCAAGCCACUAACUGCCUCGCACUCAUCAUGUUCGAUUCUGCCCUUGAGCGAGCAAAGGAGUUAGACGAGUAUAUGGAAAAAUACAACAGGCCAGUUGGUCCUCUCCACGGCUUGCCUAUUUCGGUCAAGGAACAUAUCUACUUGAAAGAUACACCAGCCACUUCCGGCUUGAUCUCAUGGGCUGAUGCACCUAGUCCUGGUGAUGCUCUGAUCUGCAAGGUUUUCAGAGAAGCAGGAGCAGUUUUCCACGUCAAGACUACUAACCCACAAACUCUCAUGGCUCUCGAAACACAUUCGAAUCUCUUCGGACGUACGACGAACCCUCACAACACGAACCUAACCUCUGGAGGUAGUUCAGGAGGUGAAUCCGCGCUGGUAGCUAUGCGAGGCUCGCCCUUGGGGAUCGGCACAGAUAUCGGUGGCAGUAUCCGCGGACCCAGUGGUUUCUGUGGUGGCUGGGGCCUCAAGUGUUCAGUUGCUAGAAUACCUCACUCAGGCCUCAGCGGCCUGCAUGCCGGCAUGGAGAACAUAAUCGGUUGUGUGGGCCCUAUGGCGAACUCGCUCGCUGACCUGCGUCUGUUCUGUAAAGUAGCUCUGGAUGCACAACCCUGGGACUUCGAGCCCAGUCUCAUUGACCUACCAUGGCGAAACGAUUCUCCUGAAAAUUUGCCGAAGAAGUUGAGGAUAGGAGUCUUAUGGCAUGAUGGUGAAGUCACACCUCACCCGCCCAUCCAACGCGCACUCAGGGACACAGUCCACAAGCUUCGAACAGCAGGCCAUGAAGUCGUUGCCUGUCACCCCAGCCUUCACGCCUCACUGCUCAAAUGGAUCAACACCGCAUACUUUCUCGAUGGUGCCGAGGAGUACACAUCCACCUUGACACAAGACUCCGACCCGGCAGUGCCUAUGAUUCAAUGGUUGAUAGACAGCACAGCACCAACCCGCCAUACCGUAGAGCAGACAUGGGAACUCAACUCUUUGCGUGAUCGCUUGCGAACGGCAUUUUCACUGCAGUGGAGGGAAGCAGGUAUUGAUGCUCUGUUGUGCCCAGUCAAUGCUUCUGUGGCUUCUGCGCAUGACGAAAGCAAGUAUUGGGGUUACACUGCUGUGUUCAAUGCUACAGAUCUGCCUGGCGUGGUGUUCCCAGUCACGAAGGUUUUGCCCACAGAUACUUGGGAUCGGGAUACACCGAACAUCAAGAGCGACAAGGAUGCUAUGUACAGAAAGUUUUGGGACGACGGAGGGGCGGAAAAGUAUAAGGAUGCGCCGGUGAACCUGCAGUUAGUCGGCAAAAGACUGAGGGAGGAGAGGUUGUUGGCAGUAGCCGAGGUUAUAGAGGAAAUUGUCAGAGGUGUGAACGAUGAUGAGAAGAGCAAGAUAGCAAAGUGCACGGAAAAGACUGAGAUGGUGCAGAGUCGAUUGUAG